GUUACGUAAAGUUCGGAGUUAGUUUCAUUAAGAUUUCUGCUUUAGUGGAGCCAGUCUACAUUUGUGGAGUAUAUCAACUUGUUAUUACGUGUUGUUCCCUCAGUACACAUGUAACCUGCUAUUCUCAUUAGAGUCAACCUGCAUCAAUUAGGUUUCUCGUGACGCAGUGCGUCUGAUGUCAUGACGUCUCCGCCUUCUCCAGAAUUUUCUACCUGCGGUUGAGACCACCAUUUUGAGAGGCACUUGGCUGCAGGCAGGACCUCGUGAACAAUUUGGUCAAUAAGGACUUUGGGUAGCGCUUCCUUUCCUUCCUGUCAACCUCUCCAGAGGGGUGUCUGCUGAUGGCAGAAAGAUUACAUCACCUCUGGUUGGAACCCUGGACAGUGCCACAACCUUUGGCUUGGUGUCCAAUGUGAUGCCCCAUCGCCACCUUCUGACCUAACUUCUUCUCAGCUCUGUGACUACUUCAAGAGGGGCAUUCCUGUGUGGAGGCGUGCCAGGCAGCUCGUUUUACCUGUGAACUUGCGUACUUUCACUUCAUCAACAACAAAGACCACCAUGGCUGGUUCAACACCUGCAAGACUGAAGGUGAUUUUAGGAGAGAACAACAUUGAAAAGCUGACUCUUCCAAAUGGCAUCCCAGAGUCACUUGAAGACCUUCUCAGCACGAUAAAGACUACCUUUGGGUUAAAAGGUAACUUCAGACUGCAAUACAUGGACCAAGACUUUGGCAACGACUUCUUCAAUCUGAAUUCUACCACCGAACUUCGGAAUUUGGGGACAAUCAAAGUGAUCCACCAGCAAACAAAUCCACCUUUGAUCAGUGCCGAUCAGUCCACUUCAUCUCUGUCUCUUUCAUUUGAGUCUGAUGACGGUAUUUCGGUGGCAUCAAAUGACACAAUUAUCCUCUCAUCCCCUGAAUCUAUGUCAUCUCGAACACAACAGUGGCCAGAAGACUUUGCAAUUCCCCAAUUUUCAUAUGACACAGAGCUACAGCUAGAGAGGGGGAAUACUGAGUACUGUGUGAGCCAAAAAAUGUUGACUUUAAGCGCCCGAAUGCUGUCUGAUAUCCUGAAAAGAGUUGCAGAAGAAAUUUACCGUUACAAGGCCUAUCCAGAGGAUGCACAUUUCUGCGCAGCUGCAGAGGCCCUUAUCAAAAAGCACCCAUGUUUGAAAGAACCUGGAUCAUUCAAUGGCUGCUACGGUUGGAAACAACGACUGAAGUACAAAAUGGCAAACUACAGGACCCAGCUGAAAUUACAGGGGUGUCCAGAGCUGUGUGUAAACUCACUGAAAUCUAAAGCUACUACAGAUGCUUUCCCUGCUAAAAAAUUGAAGAAGCCAAAACGUUCUGAAGCUAACUUUUAUCCAUCCUUUCCUACUGGUGAGACUCUGGACAGCAUGGAAAAAGUGAGACUAGAACUUCUGACAGAGAUCGGGAUAAGGGACAAUGAAAGGGUCAUCGCAGACAAAAUGGCUAACACGUUUGCCUACAGACGACAUGAGGUGGUAAACCAAGAACCAAGCAUUCAGGAACUGAAGGACAGAUGGCCUGCACUCUUCACACAGAAAGAGAUAAAUACGGAGUUCCAGAGGCUCAUGGCUGUUCCUCUUGAGUGGAAGUUCAUGGCCCAGUUAGACAUGCACUCAAGUCAGCUGAUCAAAGUCAUACGUGCCAAAGGAGGAGCAACACGCCAAAAGGUUGCGAACAUCAUGGACACAUUGGACCAGACUGUGGACAUUAAUCAUCGGAGGGAAUGUGUGCUGAAAGCCCUCACCAUCUUCCUGGGAGAAGAUGCAGAUGGCCUGAUCAAGGAAUACCUUGACUGUGGAGCAGAUGAUGUUCAGAGGGACCUGGAGGAGGUCACCAUGGCAGUGUAUGUGAUUCGGAAGGAGGGGAGGGACUGCAGGAGCCACCUGAAGACAUUGGCAUUGUCAUUGAGGGUGUGGAAGUGUUGCAUGAACUAA